UUCACGUGUCCUUUUCAAAACAAGUUACUUUGCUAAUGUGUUUUUGUUCUGUGGCUUACUUGGGAGCAAAGUGACACCAUACCACCGUGUUUUAUUUUUUACAGAGACAGAGUCAGCCUCUCCUUCCAGAUCCUUUGCCGUCGGUUAAGCGAGAGGACUCUAACUGUGGAGAGUCUGAUUCUCAUUUCUGCUUCUUCUUAGAAAAUCAUGGCAAUGGUGAACCAGUGAACCAGAAGAGGUCAUGGAGGAUGAUGGGAAACCUCUGCUUGGUUCAAUUCAAGCAGGAGAUGAUUACUCGGACCAGAUGGACUUUCUGGACUCCAGACAAAGAAGGCCUUUCCAUGUGGAGCCCAGGAACAUCGUGGAGGACUCAGGUCAGGAGCGAGUGUCUGCUGAGGCUUCAGUGCUUAACAGCAGAGUUCAUUACUAUGGCCGCCUGGCUGCGUCAUCAGAUAGGUUGCUGGCUCCUCCUGACCAUGUGAUCCCUCCACCUGAGGAGCUCUACAUUUACAGUCCUCUGGGGACAGCGUUUAAAGUGCAAGGAGAGGGAACUGCCAAAAACCCUAGUAUUGUCACUAUUUUCGCUAUCUGGAAUACGAUGAUGGGAACGUCCAUACUGAGCAUGCCAUGGGGAAUAAAGCAGUCUGGGUUCACACUGGGAAUCAUCAUCCUCAUCUUAAUGGGCUUCCUCACACUCUACUGUUGUUACAGAAUUCUGAAGUCCACCAAAUCAAUACCUUAUAUAGAUACCUCAGACUGGGAGUUUCCUGACGUGUGUAAAUAUUACUUUGGGCGAUUGGGACAGUGGUCGAGUUUGUUAUUUUCCAUGGUAUCGCUGCUUGGAGCGAUGGUGGUCUACUGGGUGCUUAUGUCCAACUUCCUGUUUAACACCGGCAAAUUCAUCUACAACUAUGUUCACCACAUGAAUAUGUCUGAUUCAGAGUUUGGCACAAAUGGAACGGACAGAGUGGUUUGUCCAUACCCAGAUGUGGAUCCACAUAAGAACAGCAGCAUUAGCCUGCAUUAUGUCAGUGAUAACAGUACAGACACAGCGUUGUUUGACCACUGGUGGAGUAAAACCAAAACUAUCCCUUUCUACCUUAUUGUGCUGCUUCUGCCGCUGCUCAACUUCCGCUCGGCAUCCUUCUUCGCCAGGUUCACCUUUCUGGGCACUAUUUCAGUGAUCUACCUCAUCAUCCUGGUCACCGUUAAAGCUUUUCGGCUAGGCUUUCACCUGGAGUUCCAUUGGUUCGAUUCCACCGAUUUUUUCAUCCCAGAGUUCAGAAUCUGGUGUCCUCAACUCACUGGUGUUCUCACUCUGGCCUUCUUCAUCCAUAACUGCAUCAUCACCCUCAUGAAGAACAACAAGAAUCAGGAGAACAACGUUCGAGAUUUGUCCUUGGCUUACCUUUUAGUAGGUCUAACGUACCUCUAUGUGGGAGUUAUGAUCUUUGCUUCUUUUCCUUCUCCACCACUGUCUAAGGAAUGCAUCGAACCAAACUUUCUGGAUAACUUUCCCAGCAGUGAUGUAAUGGUGUUUGUGGCUCGGGCCUGUCUGCUGUUCCAAAUGACCAGCGUCUACCCGCUGCUGGGUUACCUGGUUCGGGUGCAGCUGAUGGGCCAUAUCUUUGGUGAUCACUACCCAAGUUUUUUCCAUGUCUUUAUCCUGAACAUCAUCCUUGUGGCUACUGGGGUCCUAAUGGCCAGGUUUUAUCCAAACAUUGGAUCCAUUAUCAGGUACUCGGGGGCGACAUGUGGUUUGGCUCUGGUGUUUGUCUUCCCCUCAGCUGUCCAUCUGAAGGCCCUGAGACGUAGCGGUGAAUUGCGCUGGCCCUCUGCUUGCUUCCACAUCCUUCUCAUCGUGAUCGGAGUGGCCAACCUCCUGGCCCAGUUUUUCAUGUAGUACCAUCACAUUGUUCUCUCACACGUGUUCUUACAGUUGUAGUUCUGGUUUUGGCACCUAGGUGGCGGUACUGCACAUCACUUAGGUGGUUUCAGCAAGGAGAUCCAGCUGCUUUGGCCAAAGUCACCUUUGUUUGAAAUUGAGCCCUGUAAGUAAAUGUUACUGACUGAAAAUCAACCAUCAGCACGGUUGUGUUUGCGUUUAUUUUUAAUUAAAUUAUAUUAAAAGAUUCAA